GGCCAUUUCUCUCCUCAGCCUGUAUAAUUCGCCCCCGCCCAGCCAGAAUGACCAGCCUCGGCCCUGACUUCCUCGGCCCCAAUGCUUUCGAGCGGGGGGGAACCAAACAGGACGUCUUCCGGGUAACCCCGGCCACGCCCGGCGACGAUUCGCAACAACAACUGCGACGGCGGAAUGCCGGACAGGACGGGGACCAGAUUCUGUUGGAUGGUGAUGGGUUUGAGAAGGAAGACGAUGGUGGAUAUUUCGAGCACUUGAAGGAGGGAACACAGACGUUAGAUGGGAGAUUGCAGAGUGGGAAAGACGCAAAGGCGCGUAUGGGAAGAACGAGUCCGUUGAUGGGGACACUCAAAUUGGACGACUUGCGAGAUCAAUUGGAGACUGGAAUUGAAAAGAAGUUCGCGCCUCUGCAUAUACCGCCGCAUCGCCGACUACAAACGGCAGCUGUUGCACUCUGGGCGUUCUUCUUACCGAUCAGUAUAGUGCUGCUGCUCCUCUUGUUAUCAUGGCCGCAGUGCUGGUAUAUCCUGAUACCAUAUUUCUUCUGGAUAGCGUUCGACCGAGCGCCGCUGCAUGGAGGGCGUCCGCAGGAAUGGGCUAGAUAUAGUUCGCUCUGGACAUACUUUGCCCAAUAUUACCCUUGCAGUCUCGUGAAGGAGGCAGAUCUUCCUCCAGAUAGGCCAUAUCUCUUUGGGUAUCAUCCGCAUGGAAUUAUCGGAAUGGGCGCCUUUGCUACUUUUGCUACCGAGGGAACCAGCUUUUCAGAAUACUUUCCAGGCCUCAAACCUCAUCUUCUCACCCUCGAAUCCAACUUCAAAAUCCCCUUCUAUCGCGAGCUGCUCCUCAUUCACGGAUGCGGCUCAGUGUCCAAAAAGUCGUGUGCAAACGUGCUAUCGCAGGGACCCGGUAGCGCGAUUGCGAUUGUGAUUGGAGGAGCUGCCGAGAGUCUGUCGGCUCAUCCCGGAACGGCGGAUUUGACUUUGAAGAAGAGAUUCGGGUUCGUGAAGCUGGCUAUCAGAGAGGGCGCGGACUUGGUGCCAGUGUUUUCGUUUGGGGAGAACGAUAUCUAUGCUCAAUUAGCGAAUGCGAAAGGCUCGAUGGUGUACAAGCUGCAAAAACGGUUCCAGAAGGCAUUCGGUUUUACCCUACCAUUAUUCUAUGGUCGAGGACUUUUCAAUUGUACGCCAUCCGCGCAAAGCUUGAGUGAUACACAUGCUGACAUCUGACAUCGCUGGUACAGACAAUUACGGCUUGAUGGUAGGUUGAGUGCUGAGGUCCUUCCAACGCAACUGACGAAAGACGUUAAGCCCUUUCGCCAUCCUAUAGUGUCUGUAGUCGGCAAGCCCAUACACGUCGAGCGCGACCCGCACCCAAGCGACGAAAAAGUGCGCGCUCUUCAGCGGGAAUACAUUACAGAAUUGACCAGGUUAUGGGAAAAGUAUAAAGACUUGUAUGCCCGCCAUAGAACGAAAGAGCUCACUUUCGUGGAAUGACGGAAGACUGUUGGGAUGGCGAGAUGGAUGUUGAAAUGUCUGUACUGGGGGGCGUCUCCUCACAUGUAACUACCCGUUGUCACAGGAUACCCUAUCCUUUUCUUUUUUCAUAGCUGUACUGUGUCAUGAUCACGAUAUGAGGGCCUCGUAUUGACCCAUAUGCGACCAUUCGAUUGAAAUGGGUUAUUGCGUUCCGCGGAGUCUGUUUUAGCGCGCACUUCAUGAAAGCUGCCAGUAUGCAUAGAAACGGAAUGUAUUGCGAGGCCGCCGCA